AUUAUGACAACAGAUAAAUACCUACCGACGAGAGAAGAAAAUAAAUAUACGUAUAUUGUUAUUAUAUACUAUUUUUUUCUUAUCGAUUUUAAAUGUCCUUUGACGAUGAGUUUAUUGAGACCCUCGAUGAAUCACUGGAUGAACAAUGGUGGUUAAGAGAACAGGAAGAACCGCAAUUGGGAGUUGAAUUAUACGAAGACCAUAUAAUUCUAGAACCAGAGUCAUAUGAAAACGUAAUCGAUGAACAUAUUGAUUAUGCUAAUGACGAAAAACAAAUCCAACUAUCAAUCAUACGUCUAGACGAACUGAGGUUAGAAAUAUCAGAUCUCAGACGUCGAAAAAUUAGAGUGUUUAACAUCUUAACCGAACACAUCGAAAAGGGAUUGUGCGAAUCUGAUGUUCCUAUUAAAAAUGGAACAAAAGAGGAAGUCGAACAACUCUACGAAAAGUUAUUGAUGGAAUUCUUAAAGAAAAAGGAAGCGGCGGUCAAACGAAAACAUGAUUUAAACGAGAAAAUAAAAAUAAAUACUGAAUAUUUGAAAUUGAAACGCAUAGAAUGUGCAGAACUCGCUGAAAACCAGUAUAACUUGGAAUUAAAAACUGCCGUGGGCAUGAUAUAUGACAAGACACAGCUAAAACUUUCUCAAGAUGAUGUAGAAAAGUUGAUUGAUCCCUGUAAACGGCAGGAUAUCAAACUAAACAAAGCGCGUUUGGAGUACUUUUUACAGAAACUAAAAUGUAAAAAGAGAAGAGAAGAUAUUGAAAAUUUGGCACCAAGCACGUUUAGUAUAUCUGAAUAUCAGGAAUUAUCAAAGAAAAAUAAACAACUUGAAAACAGUCUAGAAACUUUGACAAAUAUCAAAAACCAAUAUCUAGAAGAUAUAAAAUCUGAAUUAGCUAAAAUUCCCAAUAUUGACAAAAAACUUGUUAAUUUAAAAGAAGAAAAAGAUAACAAACAAGCUGAGUUAAAACAAAUUAAAGAUGAAUGGAAACAGCAUGUCAAAGCAAAAGCAAAUUACCAGAAGUAUGAAAAACAAAUAAAAAAAGACCAUAAGUCAGACUGUUUUACUGAAAAUCCUCUACUUUUGAAUGAUUACGUCGAGAGUGUGGAAAAAGAUAAAAUAAUAAAAAAGAAUUUGGCUGACUUACGUCAGGAAUUGUUGCAAACAGAUAGACUAAAAAAACACCUAAUUUGUAUGCUAAAUAAAACAAAUGGAUAAUGUUGAAUAUCUAUAUAAAAAAAAAAAAAUAGGUACUCAUAGAAACAUUGUUGUAUGUAUUAAUGAAUUUAUAAGAGAAAAUAUAAUAAUAUACGAGUAAAAGUA